AAUUUAAAAAACUAAUUACGUUUAUAUUAUUGUAGACCGCAACAAAAACAAUUAAAAACAAGAAUCACUUAUGGAGACGUGGGCAAUUGUUGAUUUUAGCGGAUACAACUAUGACGGAAAAUUUAUAGUUAAAGAAGCGUGUAUAUUCCAAGAUCGAGAAGUUCCCAAUGGUGAACUUACGAAAACUAUAAUGGUGACGAAACCACCGGGACCUCGACCAACCGGUGAAAAUCUAAAGUCAUGGCUGAAGUAUUUAAAAAAGACCGGUAUUAAAUGGAACAAGAGUAACUGCAGUAUUGAAGAACUCCGGAGUACAUUAUCUUCACUAGUAGAGCGUUGUUACGUCUACGUGAAAAACUCUAAAAAAAUUUUCCAGCUGCUUGAAUUUCUCGGUCUCAAAAAAAAUAUCAGACUACGAAACGCCGAAAAGCUGGGGCUUUACGAACGAAAAUCUUCCUCAACAAAAAUCUGUUCCUUUCACGUGAACCGAAAGCUGCACUACUACUGUGCAGCUUACAAUGCCAAAAAAAUAGUCGACUGGGUUUUCGGAGGCAACGAAAUAAAGUGCCUUGUGGUCGAUUUUAAUGGCUAUUUCUUUACGACAAGGAAAUAUGAAUUGAAAGAAAUAAGUAUCUUCGGUUUGAACAAAAAAGGCGCCGUUGUGUAUCACAAUUUAUUUGUCGUCCCAAGCGAAAUCGGAAUUCGGUCAAAUGAACUAGAUGUUUACUAUCAUCAGUACUACAAAAAGUUUGGUAUCGGUUGGACAAGUGGUUCCCACAGUCCACUAGAUUUUGAAACUUUGAUUAAAAGCACUCUUGAAGACGCCAGCAACGUGACGCACUUGUUUGUAAAAACACGAGAUCACAAGAAGGUCUUGAGAAGGAUUAACAAAAGCAAGGAAAUUUUGUGCUUGGAUGACUAUGAAUACAAAGAAGGAACAGUUGGUACUGCUCCAUCUACCGACUGUUCCUAUCACACCCGUUUAGGUAUGGAUAUGAAUCUUUGCGCUGAUGUUUCUGCCAACAAAAUGGUGGACUGGGUCAUUGCGAAAAGAUACUAUGACAUUAAAAAUUUGUCUAAAAAAACAAUAGUAGGGACGAUAAUUAAUAGAGAAUUGCAUGGAGGUUUGGGUUUUAAAUUUAACAUGCCGUUACUGGAGUUCCAUUCCAAAAAGCUCAACGUUGAUGAAGAAUUGUAAACAUCUCAUAAACAAGUUAAAAAGUUAAAAUGGAUUUUUAAUUGUGAAUUUUAUCAAAACAUUACUAUUGAAGCAUUUACCAAAUUUCUAAGUCCGAUGAUAAAGAUUAUUAUUGCAAAAAAGGUUAUGCCUU